AGGUGUCUCCACCAGAAUGCCUCUUACAUCAGGUGUCCCCAUCGUGGUCCCCCUUACAUCAUUGUCCCCCAUCAAGAGUGCCCCCUUACAUCAGGUGCUUCCAUCAGAGUGCCCCCUUACAUCAGGUGUCUCCAUCAGAGUGCCCCUUACAUCAGGUGUCUCCAUCAGAGUGCCCCAUUACAUCAGGUGUCUCCAUCAGAGUGCCCCCUUACAUCAGGCGUUUCCAUCAGAGUGCCCCCUUACAUCAGGUGUCUCCAUCAGAGUGCCCCCUUACAUCAGGCGUCUCCAUCAGAGUGCCCCCUUACAUCAGGUGUCCUCCUUACAUGGAUUGUUACCAUCAGAGUGCCUCCUUACAUGACUGUCUGCAUCAGACUGGCUCAUGGAUUACUGGAUGCACUCUGAG